AGGUUAUGUUUUCAAAUUAACCACAUCGAAAAUUUUGAAAAUUUCACAUGAUUUCCCAAAGUGGAUCACCUGUUUUCUUGCAACAAUCUUUUCUAUGUGUGCAGGAUUAUAAUUUGUUUGUGGCUGUGCUGUGCGUCUGUGACAUGUUACACGUUUCUUUUGUGUCUUAACCCCACGAAAAACUUACUUUGUUCCAUUUAUUCAUCGUCUCUCUCCCAUCAAUGAAUUCUAAGGGCCACUUUCUUAGUUAUUAAUCAGCUUUAAAUCUCUAAUCUGAGUCCUCAGAAUGGGCAAAGAAAAUGAAACAGAAAGUCAGUCUGAAUCCUUUGAAAUUAUUGACCAUUCGUUUCAGAAGGAGUUGCAAGAUUUGCCAGAAGUUACGGCGUACAUAGAGAGACUUCAGAACAUCAUCCUUCGUCAAAGGAAGAUACUUCUUCGAUUUUAUAACGAAAAAAAAUCAAAGACUGAUGCCUCGACUCAAACAGACGUUCCUCUGGGGCAGGAAUCUUCCGUUUCCCCAUCUAAGUCAGAUGUAAAGUUGAUCUCUGAUAACUGGUCUGUAAAUAGCAAAGAUCUUGGAGUCAGCAUUCAAGAGCAGGUCACAGUUGCUGCAGAAAAUGCCAUGAAACAGACGGGUUUUGUAUAUGAGGAGACUUCUGGCAUGUAUUAUGACUAUAAUACGGGAUACUAUUACAAUGCUGAGUUAGGUUUGUAUUAUGAUGGCAACACAGGAACGUAUUACUAUUAUGAUGAAGCCAGAAGAACAUAUCAUUUUCAUUCAAAAGUCGAACCCUCUGUACUUCCAAAAGUGCUGGAUGAAUCAGCUAGUCAGCAGAAACCACAAUCAGAAACAAAAAUGGAGACUGAAAACUUUAGUGAAGAAUCAGUAAAGACCAAAAGAAAACAAUGUGAGAACGAAGAGGGGGAUGAUCCACCCAAGAAAUCAAAGCAAGGAGAAGUUCUAGAAGAAGGUGAAUGUUCAGAUAGUGACAACGAAGAAAUCAAAGAAACUGAUGAAAUUGUGAAAGAUGACGCGGAGACCAAAGUCGAAGAUCCAGCCACGCCUGUGAUUCAGUCGAAUGGGGAUGCGACAUCUAAGCCGAAGUCAAGCAUUGAUAAUGAUGAAUUUGACACCGAAAUUAGCAAACAGUAUCCGCCAUGUAUGCGGGUGAUAGUUCAAGAAAGUAAUGUCAAAGGUGUCAAACCUGGAUCGUUAUUCAUGAUUACUUGGCCUGGAGGAACGCUGGGUAGAGAAGGGGAUCAUUCCAUUCUCAUUCCAGAUCACAAUGUUAGCAAGUAUCAUGCCAAGUUUUCAUUCUCGGGUGAAAACGAGAAUGGGAAUUAUGUUUUAGUCGAUCUUGGAAGUAAAAACGGAACAUACUUGAACGGACAAAGACUAUCAGUAGCGCUAAGUGAAAGUGAUCCAUUCCCUGUAGAGCAUGGUAGUGAAAUUCAGAUAGGUUCUACAAAAUUACUUUGUCAUGUUCAUAAUGGCCAAGAAACUUGUCCAAAUUGUGAGCCAGGAGUUAUGAUAACAGAAGAUAAGAAAAAAGAAGUGAUCCAUGUGAACAAAGGAGAAAAUUAUAAGUCAGAAUUGAAAAGACUGAAAAACAAGUACGGAGUUGAGUCUUUAAGUAGCGCAUUAUCAACUCCUGCUCCAGGAUAUGAGGAUAAAGCUGACAUUAGGCGCAAGACAGUCGGCUCAUCCUCUGAUAACUUCAAAACUGAAACAGCUUCCGUUCAAGAAUCUAUACCCAGUGAAAACAAAGGCUUUAAAAUGCUUGCUAAGAUGGGCUGGAACAAAGGACAAGCUCUAGGAAAAGAAGAAAAAUCAGAUGCCAUCACAGAACCGAUUCUGAUACAGCAGCGUCCCGCUAAAGCUGGGUUGGGGGCAGAGGGCUCUGCGCCGACUAAGUUGUUGGAUCCUAAGGAGGAGAAGAAACAGGAAUUGUGGCGUAAAACACAGCAAAGGUUCAAAAAGCUGAAGUAGUCCCUCUCCUUUCUAUUGAAAUAUCACGUUUCUGUGGCUGUGAAUGAUUACUGGUCAAAUUUGCUGUUCAUCUCACCUAUUGGGCUAUCUGUGGUGUUCCUAUGCUUGUCUUGCUGCUGUUCUAAGAUACCGAUGACGUCGCUGAAAGAAUUUUCCCGUAGCCGGGCUCGGUUUUGAUAGGCUGCGUAACCACGCUGAUUUUAGUUUUAUUCAAUCAAUUGUUGAACUGUGUUGAAAUUAAGUUUAAUUCCAACUUGUAAUGAGAUGGCUAAAGUCUACAUCGGAAACAGGAGAAAACCUUCAGGGCAAAACCUUUAAUUUUUUAAAUAGUUUUACGUUAUAUUGUCAUUCUUCCUCAUAUCAGUUUUUUAGCGCAAGAAAAUUAGAAAAUCCCUUCAAGUUGAUCGACUGAUUACUGAAUUUUUUACGUUUUUUUGCGUAUGUACCAGGUACCUAACAUAUUUCGUCGCUUUUCGAUUUUAUUAAAGAGUCAUUUAUUGUCAUUCUUUCUUUUAAGAGAGAGAUAUAGGUGAAAAAUUUUAGUUCUAGCCCAUUAUCUAUGGUUGCCCUCAUUUUUAGCUGUGAUCAACCGAUUGAGAAUUCAGACUGUUCCUUUCGCCGGCUGACGUAGCAAAAAAAAAUAAAUAAAUAAAAAAACAGCCGAGAGUAUUUCUUUAUAGCUGUGUAUUGUUUUACCAAUAAUUUUAACUUUUUCCAACUAUCUCAGAGUAUCACAUAUGAGAAACUCGUCAGUGAACUUUACCAAAAAACGUAGUGAUAGCUAGAAAAAGUAAAAAAUAUUGGUAAAAAAAACGGCAAUCUCUCGCGUAAAGAAGAGUGCUGGUAUUUGCUUGCAAUCAUUUUCGAACGGUGAAAAGAUAAAUUUUAGUACCCCGCAAAAUUCGACUUAUGAAGUCGCCAAUCUAAUAUGUGCUCUCGCCAUGUACUGCUUUUAAUUAAGGAGCUUGGAGGAGGAAUGGGCGCAUAAGUGCAGUUUUUGCUAUCUCGAGAAAUACGUGUUUGGAGUUUCGAAAUUACACGGAUCCUUAUGACCCGAAAGAUUGUUCGAACUGACUUUUAGAUGCUUAGACAUUGGAGUUUGGAAACGAAUU